UGUAAAGAAAAAAUUACAUUUAAGACAUGUGCUUAAUAAUUUAACGGAAGUACUUUCAUUUCCUUUGGAACAGGAAGAGAAAAUUGUGGAAUAUAUCGAUCUGCUUAAUACCCACAUGUUAUGCUAUUGUUUACGGAUGUGAAGCAUGCGGAUUUCACUGAAGAAUAUUUUUAACUUGGUAUGCACUGUAUUUGCCGUCUACACUCUUCUAUUCAUAUUAAACAUCUUGACUCCGUCCCCUCGUGAAAGAGCAACCGAAAAAACAGACUUGAAAAGUUUGCGACAAGAGGCAGAAAAUGAACAGAGGACUGUCAAGUCUACCGUAAAAACCGCCAUUACAACUGAAAAAGAUGUUCUUGAUGAUAUCCCCGUAGCAAUAACUGAGGAGAAUGUUCACGAGUUUGACCGUAAAUUACUGCAAGACAUGUACUUUAAAAUAAAUCACAAAGAGGCAUUACUUCAUGGAAAAUUCAGAGAGAAAAAAGGUUUUCUUACCAUUGGCAUACCAUCAGUAAAACGAAAAGACGUUUCUUACUUGGAAACCGCUUUGGCAUCCCUAGUGGAGCACUCUCUUCCUCAUGAACGUGAGCGCGUAGUGAUAGUAAUUUUUUUAACGGACAGUAACCAUACGUGGGUUAUAGAACGAGCUAAGGAAAUAUAUAAACAGUUCAAAGAACAUGUUAAGACCGGCUUUAUGCAAAUUGUUCAUCCACCACAUAUAGCAUAUCCAAAUUUCCAGUAUUUAGAGAGGAAAUAUAAUGAUAGCAUGACAAGAGUCGCCUGGAGGAGUAAACAGAAUCUGGACUAUUCCUACUUGAUGACUUACUCCAGAAAUAUGUCGCAAUAUUAUCUUCAGCUGGAGGAUGACGUCAUCACCACAGCGGGAUAUCUGUCUAAGAUUAAAUCAUUUAUCAGCCAAAAUUUAAAGAAAACAUGGCUCUUUCUUCGUUUUUCUAAAUUGGGAUUCAUCGGUGUUCUAUUCAAAAAUUCCGAUUUAAUUAAAGUAGCUGAAUUUUUAUUGGUUCUUUUCGAUGAAACUCCAGGUGAUUUGUUGAUAAAUGAACUGAAGCGCAUCAAAGGUCAGCAAAAGGAAAUUCGCAUAAGACCUUCAUUGUUUCAACAUCAGGGUUUAAUUUCUUCAUUGGAAAAUAAGAUUCAAAAGAUCCAAGAUAGAGAUUUUCCGGGAUAUGUCAAACGUAAGGUUAUAGGAUGGACACCACAGUCCAAAAAUCCAGAAGCCGAAAUUUUUACAAACAUGUCGGCUUACAAGACUUUUCAACCAGAGGCAGCAUACUAUCCAGAAGAUAAUAACGAUUUUUUCUGGGCUGUGGAUCCUAAAAACAGUUCAUUUUAUAGAAUUAUUUUUAAAAGCCCUAUAAAUAUCACAACAAUUUCUAUUAAAAGCGGUCAUGAAAAACAUCCAGAUGACAAAGUGACGUCAGCUUCCGUCAGUGUAUCGUCUGUUUUAAAACCAAACGGUGACAGAUGUGAAAAGAGGACUAAGGUGGGAUUAUUUGAACAUGGAAAAUUCAUGUUGAAUUCAACUAAUAGGGAAAAUUUAAACAACGUUAAGUGUGUGUCCGUUGAUAUCCACGAAGACCAAAAGACAUGGAUAGUACUACAUGACAUCUUAAUAAAAACAAGGUGAUAUGAGUGAAAAUGUUCGAUUCCUCUGUGUUCAUUUCAAAAUUUAAUAUAUCCUUACUACCCAAGGCUUCGUCUUUCAAUUCGUCUUUUGCAAAUUUUCAACUUUAAGUGCUUGUAAUAUCUAACUGCCAUUUGUACUUUAACCUGUCAUGAGCAUGUAUUCGUUUUUAUUAUUGUGUUUUGCAAUAUUUUAAAAGGUUCUCUUAG